CGACGAACCCAUGGAGAUUACGAAACACGAAAGGGGACAAGGGGAGGGGAGUCAGGAGGAGGAAGGGGAUGACUUCCUCAGUGUAUACAAACGAGUGGUAGGAAAAAAUAAAAGUCUAAAUGAAAAGACAAACAGUAACAACGCAUUUGCGGAGAUGAUGGAAAUAAGCAGAAUUACUGAUUACAACAUGGUAAUGAAAUAUGAGUACCUCCUCAAGUUAAGCUUCUUUAGUAGCAACGUGAACGUAUUGAAUGUAUAUCGAUUAGUGAAUCCCGAGAGUGAAAAAAAAUUUGACGAAAUCGCAGCUUGUUUGAGAAGCAACAUUCUACUUAGUAUAAUGGAUACGAACAAAAUAAAUGAUAAAAGUGAGCAUGUGGGUGAAUACUUUACAAAAAAUUAUGAGGAGUUAAAACAUCUACAGUUCGUGAUUGGGAACACAGAUUACCCACUAGGGUUUGAAAAAAACACAAAUGGGGUUUUUCGAGUGUACCUAUUUAAGAUAAUACCAAACAAGACGCUGCUAUUAAAUAAAAAUAAUUUGAGUUACAUGGAAAAGGGAGAAAUGCCAAGUAAUUACGACUCAGUUGCUGUGGAUAGAGAUUUGUUCUAUGAGGAGUUGGGUUCAUCUGAGCGGAAGCAGGGGGGGGAAGGAGAGAACGAACUGAGGGGAGAUGGGCAAAUGAAGGGGACAUCGGGAAACAUCGGGACAUCGACAAGCAUGGGGACAUCGACAAGCAUGGGGACAUCGGCAAAGAUGGGGAGGGGGGGAACUAACUAUAGCUACAUAUACAAAGUAAAAUCAGCCGAACAGGUACUUCCUCUGCUGCUAAUCGAGUUCGAGUUCAAAUGCCUACGGGUCGACAUUAGCGUGCCGAUAUGUGAAUACUGCUACACCGCUAAGGCUAUUUAUUACUGCCAUAAUGAUAAGGUCCAUUUGUGCAACAUAUGUGACAUAAAGCAUCAUGAAAAAAAUAAAAUUUUGAAGAAUCAUAGGAGGAUGCCAAUAUCAGAGUCUCCAUACCAAUUUGGAAAGUGUGCAUACCAUCCGAAUGAAGUGGUAGAAAGUGUUUGCAUGAAAUGCUACUGUAGUCUGUGCCCCAACUGUCUCCUGAUAGGGAGUCACUCCAAGGGCAACUAUCGAAAUCACCCCAUUGUGAAUAUAAAAGAAGCAUUCAUUCUGUCCAAUCGGAAAAAAUCACUGAGUGAUGUGAAUUUGGAAAAUAGGAAAAUUAGGAUACUCCAUCUGUUGAAAAAAAAACAUAAACUGUUGGCAGAGAUUUAUUCUAAUUACAAUUCUUUGCAAAAACGAAUCGAUACGUUGUAUAGAUACAUCAUUGAUGAGCUAAAAGUUUUAAAAAAAAGAUGCAAUAUAUUAUGGCCUUAAAAAGGGCUGUUCUAUCUCAACUACUGACCAUCGAAUGGACAGAGGCCUUUUUUUAUCAUACCAAAUUGUCAUUAAAUUUAUCUGACUUUAUUUUAUAUCAGAAAAAACAUGAAUUGGCUGUCCACUUUUUAAUGGCUCCAAAAGGGAAGGAUUCAGAUUUUAUGAAAAACGCACCACAUUGGCUGUUUCAGAAAAUUUACGUACAGUCAAAUUUGUGCAUUUAUGAAGAUAGCUUUUUUAAGCUUAACUUUGUUAGCCCUAAGGAUUUGGAGGAAGGGAUGACGAAGGGGGAGCUAGAUAGGAAGCGUUGUGUUUUGAAAGGAAGUCGUAACAAGUUGGAAGAAAUGUACAAUUUUAACAACGUCUUUAAUGACAAGAAGGGGUACUUGGGUCUGUAUGACGAGACAGCCUUCGAGGGGGGGGUCAAUGCGGAGGAAAGCGCACAUCAGCCGAGUGUUAAGUACUCCGCUGCGCAGGGUGCAGAGGUUGAACAGCCGCCUCAAGAAGCGACGCAUGAGGGGUUCUCCAAUCGAAUAGAACGCAUGAAAAAAAGCGAAUUCAGCAACAAAGAUGAAGACAAUGGUGAAGAUAAACACAAUGGGAAAGAUAAACACAAUGGGAAAGACAAAGAGAAAGACGUGCAGAGCGUUCUCACGCUAAAGAAGGAGUAUGCCUCCUUGUACGAUGUGACUGAAGAGAAACCAACCAACUGUAAUUUGUUAAUGGAAAUUUUUACAGACACAAAGGAAGUGAAUUUAUGUGGACCGGGAAGGAUCCCACUCAAACAAUCGCACAUUUGCAGAGAGUUGUGGAAGCAUCUCGUUAAUUACAAAUAUAUAAAUGUGAUUCAUAUUCUCAAGGCAAGAUGCAGCUUGAACACUCUCCUGCUGACGUACUCCUUUUUCAAUGUUGCGUCCUAUUAUGACAGCUUGGAAGACUUAGUAAAGCACAUAAUUAAACACGAAAUUUAUACUCUGCUUAACAAAAAUAUUGAUUACCAUACGAAGAUGAAAGUUACCCAUGUUUUGGACAACGUCGCCACGUUGUUAUGUCUCCGUAGGUUUGUACUCGCUCCUUGGGUUGAUAAAUAUAUCGAGUUGUGUUGUUCACAUGUUUGGAAUGGGGAAAAGGGGGUGUCGUCUUCCUCAAAUGGAGAGGCCUCCUCAAAGGGGGAUAUUAAUUAUGAGAAAAAUUCAGAGGUGAGAGAUGAACAUACGACAUCGGUUCAUUCAACAAAUGAGCAGGUAAAGGGUACCAAUCUGAUCAGCAAAAGGGACCCUGAUGAGGUGGCAAAAGGGGAUAAGGAGGAUGGCUACGGUCAAUUUGGAAUGGGUAUGGAAAGGGAGGCAUUCCCAACAAGCGGGGGAAAUAACACCCCCAUC